UGGAGACAUGGCGCUACUAUGAGACGAAGUAAAUUGGAAAUAUGGCGUCGUUUGGCAAGGGUAUGUGGAAUGCAGGAUGUUUAGAAACGGCUUUUUCGUCCUGCAAAGGAAAACCAGUUCUUGCAGUGUAUAAGGGCCUUGAACACGCAUUAACUGAUCCAAACAAGCAAUAUCGUGACAAAGUAAAUGCCCUGUUAUCAUCCUGGGAACAUGUCUGUGCACUGCUACAAAAUUCCACUGCAGAAGUCAAAAAUAGUAUGAUCCAAUGGAUAGUCAGGCACACCCUGAAUGUUGUUCUACGCAAGCAGUGGCCUGGAAGUUCAAGAGCUACAAAAACACAUUUGAUUGUUAGCUUGAAGAGAUGUUCAUCAUUACUCACGGGAUCUAAUGCCCACAUGUGCCAUAUUCUUUCUGAAAUGGUGAACAAGCCAUGGGCUCAUCCUUUACUGCGAAAAGUCAUGGAAGAGUCUGAGUGUAUCACUGAAGAGGAAGCCCUUAAUUUCUGUAAAUAUGAAACUUCAUGCAUAGUUAUAAUGAGACUGCAGAUAUUGGUUGAAGAAGGAUUGUCGGAGUACUCAACUUUCAAAUACGCUGAAUUUGUAGCAGCAUGUUUAUCAUUUCAUGAUCCAUCAUGGGCAGAAGAUGCACCUGAGGAGGACACCAUGUUUGUUCAUUACACAUACCUGGUCCUGCUUUUAAAAUUCAGGAAGAGUGAUAACUUACUUGAUUAUAUCAGAAUAAUGAACCUGAAUGAAGGAUUGAAGUUUAUGAAAAGUCUGACAAGGAUAAAGACUAUAGUUCCAUGUUCAGAAUGGCCGGGACUGUGCAAAAAUGUAGCAAAAUUUGCUGCUAAGUAUUUUUUGAGUUUGGCGUUAAGAACGCCAGAAUGUGAAAAUAUGUUGUUAAAAGAUGUUGCAAGUGAGUUUGUGUUGUGUUGUGAAAUGGACUUCCAGUUUGUGUGUGAUCAUAUGAGACUCAUGCCCCAUCUUGCCGCUACUGUGACACACAUGUAUAUAUUGUGUGAAGUUCUGGAGGAGAAGUUUGGUGCGAUAGCGAAGUCCUUCUGUGUGCAAGGAUUCAUAAGACGCCUGUUUUCUGAAAUAGGCACAAUUGAAGAGCUACAAACAACACGUCAAGAGGAAGGGGACUCUCAAGAAAAACGUGACUUGCUUUCCGAUUUGCAGUGUAUGUUGUCUGAUGGAUAUUUGAAACUGGGUCACUUGCUGCGAGAGAACUUGAAUGUCUACAAGGAGUGUGUGCUAACAGCAUUCUCAUUAAACCCUACAGAGGAUUUAUACCACCAUUUACAUAGCCUUGCCUCUUUAAGUGGUAAAUGUAUUUCUGAUGAAAAUAAAUGUACAGAAAUUGUAGAGCAGCCCCUGGUUCAAGACUGCACCAUUACAAAGCUACCUAUUAAUGAACACUUAGAAAAAACAAAUGAAAGUAAUUAUGCUGGCAAUGCAGACUUUGCAUAUAUGAAUAUGCCAUCAACGUCAUCUGCUGUGUUCCCUAAAUAUCAAAUAAGGCCACAGACAAGGCAUACAGCCUCACGUGGGGAUAUACCCAUUGCCACUUCAUCUUUACUAACUGUAAGGUGCAGAUUGAAAGAGGAUGACAAGAGAGACUUGGGAGCAUUGUAUGCAAUGAGUGGAAACCUAUUUACUAGUGCUGAAAACUAUGAUCCCUAUAGUGCCCCCAAUCAUGUGUUAGAUGCAGGAGAAUUCAAGUUCUCUAGAACUGUACUUCAUGAUUUAGUAUCUGUGUUAAACAAUCCACGAAACAAACAGCUUAGUUGGGCAGAGGGUUGGGCUCAGCUAAGCAGGAAUUGUCUGGAAUACUUAAGAAACAGAGAGACACGAAAUUGCAUGAAGGAACUGAAAUUUCUGGAAAUUGAUUAUGAGAAAUACCGUGACUGGCCAAGAUUGUGUGACUAUGGAGGUAUAGAGAAGGGAUAUGAACAGUGGGCAGAUAUCAGUAAUGAUUCAGAACAACUUUGUAUUACAAGUAAUUACAAACAUAGAUCUUCAGAGUUAACUGUAGAUUCCUGUAUAGAUUCGGCAACACAGGAUAGUGUAGAUACUGUAUUUACAUUAAAACCAGUCCGGAAACGAAAAGUGAAGAAACCUGGAAAAUCCCCACAAAAAGGAAAGAGGGGAAGAAAAAGUACAAAUGUCACACAUAGCAGUGUUAAAAGUAUUGUUUCACAAGGUCCCAUAACUGGCUUCUCGGAUUGCACUCAGGACAGCCAAAUUGAGGAGAACAAUGAAAGAAAGAUUGCAGCAAAGAUUUGUAAGGAUAAAUGUAUUAGGAAGUUUACAUACAGGAGGAAGAGGUGUAAGACUGUGGAAAAAAUAUCUACACUAGAAACAGACUGGCCACAGCAAACUGAGGUUAGAGGCAGUCUUAAAAAGACAGUUAAUAAAAAGUUUACUAGGAAAUCUAGCAAAUGUUUGAAGCGUGUGAAAAGCUUAGAACAUGCUUCUCCAAUAGAAACAGACUGCACAAGUGAUGAAGUGACAUCUGUUGGACCAGAUAUCUGGAAAAGAGGUUAUAAUAAUUUAGACAAAAAUAUGUAUAUGAAAAACCCUGAACUUUCCUUGUUAGAAGUAGAUGAGGUACCAAAUAUUCAGGCUAGUACUUCAGUGAAGAGUUAUAAGAAGAAAUAUGUUAAAAAGUCACGCAAAUCUAGAAAGCAUUGGAAGAAUUUGGUUGAAACAGACUGCUCACAUUGUAGUGACAUUGAUGAAAAUAGUAUUUCUAAGGUUGCAGCAAAGCGUCCCAAAAGAAAGUGUGUUAGAACAUUGAAAAAAUCUACCAAACGAUUGAAAAAUAUGGAAGAGGAUUCAGUUCUUGAAACUGACUGUACAAGUGAUGAGGUGACCCACCUAAAUUACCAGCCAGACGUUUAUGUGAGUGAAGGUGAAAAUGUUUCUGAAAGAUCUAUACAUGUGCAGAAUUUUGAAGACAUUUCUAUUGGAUCAAAUGGUGCUCAGAAUAGUCGAUAUGAGAUUAGAACUGCAGAAGAUUCAGCAGGAAAUGUUCUUGAUAGGGGGCCAACCGAAUAUUGGAGUGCUUUCAAUAAAAUACCUGAGAUGGAUGCAGGUUGUACAGAAGGCAGUGAAAGUGAGCAAAGACCUGGGGUGGUGACUGCAACACAAACUAUACAAAGAGAGAAGAUUGCUAAAUCCACAAAGCAAAGAAAAGAUUUAGACAAAGAUUCUGUAUUGUAUUCAACAUGGGGGCAUAACACUCAAGCUGAAGAAGACAUUGUUAGAAAGACUCAAACAAAGGCACAGAAGAGAAAGUCACAUAAAAGUGAUGUCUGUACUAAGACUGUAGAAGAAAAAAUUCUAGUUAAUUCAGGUUGCAGGGUUGGUAGUUAUGUUGAUGGCAACUUGGAGCGAGUGCAAGGAUCGAAGAUUUGUGAGAGCCACAAAAGUGUAAGAACAAGUGGAAAAUCUAUUGCCGAUAUUAAGGAUUUCCAAGGAAAUUCUUUGUUGUUCUCAAAUUACACACAAAAAAGUGUGGCUGAAGCUACUACUGUGGGAGAAAUUGCAGCAAAUACUUGUAAAAGGAAAUAUCUUGGGAAAGUAGAGCAACAGACAAUGGGUGUAAAGAAUUUUGAUGUAAAAUUAUUGUCAGAUAAUCAAACUGAAGAAAGGAAUUUGGUGGGUACCACAUCCAAAACUCAUCAUAGAAAAUAUGCAAAGAAGACUGAGAAACGUGCAGAACCUGUUAUGGACUUUGAAGAAAAAGCUGUGUUAGACUUUGGAGGUGUUGCAGAGCCGUCCCUUGAAGGUUCUGCAUUUUUUGCGUAUGAUUCAGACACACAAGAUGAAAAGAGUGCUGCUAACAUAUUUAACAUGGAAUGUGAUGUGAUGAGGAAGAAAGAAGGUAUUGUCAGAGGCCUUAAGAAGAAGAAAUUACCUCCAGAGAAGAUCACAGAAGUUUCUGCUUUCAGCAGUGCAGUACACAAUCGUAAUGAUGAUGACGUGGGACCACCUAUUAGUUCUGUCUGUGAAACCGACUUUUCUUCACUUGGGAAGCAGGUAAAUCCUCUUUCACCAAGUGUGGGGCAGCUGAAUCCGGAACCAUCUAGUGGGAUACUAUUUCAUCCUGAUUUAAAUACACAGUCCUUUAUCCCUCCAUUUAAGAAGGCCAGUGAGCCAGAAGUUUUGCAGUCAUUACGCAAAUUCAGACCAAAAAGCACAAACAGAUCAUUAGAAGAAAGUAUCUUUUCUCCAAAUAUGAUUGGUGAUGGAACGAGAAUGUUGUUUCGUGAGGGUAAAAUUUAUUAUACUGAAUUUGCACCAAUGUUAAGUACACUGAACCUUAAUCCACAUGUUGUACUUGAAGAUAUAGCAACAGUUUUGAAUUCAAGAGAAUGUGGUGGACCAUUUGAUACAUCUCAGCAGACAAAAAACUCUAGUGCGUUUUCUGAAAAAAACAGUAGCAGUCCUAAGAAGAGUCAUAGUACAAAAUUUACAACACCACCACAGUCCAAGAAAACAUAUAGCUCCUGCACUGGACUAAAAAAAAAGCCCAAUCGUAAACUGACUGACAGGGAAAUACUUGCCAAUAGUGUUCCUGGUUUAAAUAGUCUUGAAAUGAUUGUGCCUCCAUUCCAGGAGCCAACAGUGCAAGUUGUUCAGUUGCCAAGAAACCAUCCUUCAGGUAAUGCAUCAAAUAAUGAAACUAGUUCACUUCCUACUAAAGUGAACCAAAAAAUCGAGAACAGCUCCAACACCAGUGGAACAAGUCACAUAGAAGCAGCCUCAACAUCUGUAUCUCAAGAUCCAGCUUCACAGCAGUCACAAGUUACAAUAAACUCUGAAGAAAACAGAACCUCUCAGAAUUUGCCAUCCAGUUUCUCAGCUCAAAGUAACUCAUUAGCAUCACAUAAUGAAAAACAAAGAAGUUCGCAGCUAGAAGUGAAAUACUUAACAAAAGCAAGUGACGUUAAUGAAAUAUUACGCAGUACGCUUACAGACUGCUCAUCGCAGAGUCCACCGACAUCUGCUGUUGCACCAUCACUAAAUUCAUCAGGACCUGUUAAACAUAAAGUUAAAUCACAAAGUGAAGUGAAGUAUCUAACAACAACAAGUGAAGUAAACGAAGUACUUCGUAGUGUAAUUGCAGAAAACAGUCAGGGUCCGAUGUCCAAUUCGACACAUAUCAUGGGAUUGGUGAAGCAGAAGCCUAACACCAGAGCAGAGGCGAGGUUACUUGCUGCAUACGAAACAGCAAGAAGUAUUACGGCAAAGAAAGCCACAGAAGGUAGUACAUCUCUAGGAGGAAGAGGCAGUAUACUGAGCACACUGCAGGUUCCACCUUCCAAAGGACUUGUUGAUAUUAGUAUGCUUUCCAGUCUUAUUUCUUCUGGCACUCACCGAUACUUGGAAAAUUACCCUUCCAAAAAGGAAUCUUCUAAACCCCCAACAAAGUUAAAUUCACGCUCACAGGGCUCAAGAGUUUGUGUAUCUUCUUGUGAUAGCUCUCGUGCACAUAAUCUGCAAAACCAUAUGCAGAACUCGGCCAUCAUCAGAAGUGCACACACUGCUCAGUCAGAUGAGCAAAUCCCUGAACGGAUGUCUGUCCUUGAGGAAAGGUUAAAAAAAAGUUCUGUUGCUAGUGUAGCUGUUAAGUGUGAUACUACUAACCAAAGUGAAACACCAGUUUGUGCUUCACAGGUUGCAACUUUACCAAAAUUUCAACAAGCGUUUGGAAAGUCUAUAUAUAAUCAGACAGGCAGCAGUGGCAGUGGUGCUGGUGGGUGGCAGCAACAGCAACAGCAGUACCAGCAGCAACAGCAACAACAACAACAACAACAACAACAACAGCAACAGCAGCAGCAGCAAAAACAACAAAACAACAAUGGCAGCAGCAGCAGUAGUAACAACUGUAGCAGCAGUGGCAGCACCAACAGCAGUAGUAGUCGCUGUAAUGGCAGUGGCACCAACAACAGUGCUGUAGAAAAUGGAGCUAGUGAGCCUGCUACCACUGUAUCAAACACAGAAGAUGUGCAUAGUACUCAUGGCAUUGCUGGAGGCUCGCAGAAAAGUGAUUCAGAGCUGCAGUCCAUACCCAAAUCAUCAGUAAGUACACUUCAUUCAAAGGCAGUACAGACAACAAGCAUUAGUACUUUGGUGUCACUUUCAAAUCCAGUUUCAUCAGCUUUGCAAGCUGACUCUCUAAAUGUCUUGAUGACUACAGCUCUACACCUUAAUACAGCAUCUGUUCCUCAUGAAGGUUCUUUGCAAAAGUCACUUGCUACCACAUUUAAAAGGGCAACUAGAUCAUCUGUCCAAGCAGGACAGUGCCCGUCGUAUGACAUGCACCGUACAAAUGCCUCUGCUGUUACAGACAACCCUAUAUCUGGAAGUUUAGAUGGGAUAUCUAGUCAUACCUCAGAUAGUAACAAUGUGACACACAAAAAUUCUCUGCCAGUCUCCCGGUCGUCUCAGGUACCGACCACAACUGAUAGUACCAGUGCUCCUACACAAAAUCCAGUAGUUGCUGUCACCAAAGAUAGUAUUGUUAGAAGUAAUAAGAAUGCAUUACUGGCUGCUGCGCUGCAAUCAACCACACCUCUUAAACGAUCUUCUGUGAGUAGUGGUACGUCUUCCAGUUUGACCAGUAACAUAGAACAAGCUGCCAACAUGUGCAUUGCUGAAAGCUCUUCUUCAGAAGAUGAAGCGACAGAUGUUGGAACUCAGACUCAUAUUUCUUCAGUACAGCAGACCCAGAACUUUAAUGAACUUCGCAAGACUACUUCAAAACCUUUGUUGCAAACAUCUCACAAUUUAAGACCUGUUAUACAUAUUCCCAACAGUACUCUUGUUGGAGCAGCUAAUGUUACUGAAUUAACCAAUUCAGUUUCAUCACCUUUAAGACAGCAGCAGAUUGUCCAUUCUUUGUUAGGUCCUAGUUCCUCUGCUGUCACAAGGCUUCCACCACAGAAUGUGGCAGCAACUGAUGCGUUAAUAAGCCACAGUGCAAUCGAGCCAUCUGUAAGCUCAACAACACUGGAACAGCUGAGAGAAUUUGAGUCUGUUUUAGAGCAAGUUACAAACACAUCACAAAUGAAGGAGCGGAGCACUGCUGUGACUCAGAAUCAGCCGGACCUAAUUAAUGAAGAUCUUCUUUCUCAGUCAUCAAGCACGGUUGAAACGUCUUCGGAUUUCCCAAGUGCACCAAAUGAUGGUUCAUUCUCACAAGAUUCUUAUCCAUCAACUACAAUUACAACCCCACCAAGAGUUGGUAUAACUUUCGUUGCUCAGUCUCCUCUUCGAUCGUCGAGCAUUGCUGGAACGAGUGGAAAGAUUGCAUCUCCUGUAGUUGUAGUUACCAGUUACUGUCAGCCAGUUACAUCACCAGCUUUAAGUGUGACUUCACAGAGUUCUUCUAGUCCUUGUGUGACACCUGCACCAAAUCCUUCCAUAUCAAAUGGAAAACCACCACCAAAAUCCUCAAAAUCCAAAACUAAAUCUGUUAAGUCAAGCCCGUCAACGACAAAUUCUAAAUCUUCACCAGUUCCUAAACCACAGCAGAAACCUCAAGAAGAUGAAGUUACGGCUCAGCGUAUUUAUGCAAUACUUGAUGAAUAUGCAGAACAGCUUAGAAAUUCUCCAGAUUUGAAUAACAAACCUGCACCUCGCAGAAGAUCAAAUCCACCUACCAACCCAAGCCAGUCUUCAAAGCGAAAGAAGUCUUCCCAAAACAAGUCAAAACUUCUUGGGCAGCAGUCAUCUUCAUCAGCACCUGACAUGAGUCCUGGCACAGAUGAUCCAAGAACUAUGGGAAGUGAAGAUAGUUCUAGUGGUAUAAUGCAGCUUUCUCAUAUUCAGGAUUCACCAGCUUCAUCCGCCCAAGCAAGUGAUGAACCAGCAAGUUUAAGAUCUACUUCCACAGAAGCAUCUUCCGAAUCCUGCAAGCCAGUUGUGUCGGAAUCGGGUGAAAAUCAAGACUCUCGCCAACAACCACGUUUAAUUUUUGCUGAAGCAACAGGUCGUCAGGGAAGAGCAGUAUCUGUUCAGGAUGACAUUCAGUCUGCUGAGGUUGCUGUCUCUGGUAGUGCAACUGUUGUUGCAGGAAAAUCAGUAAUGGUGGGAAGCACAGCAGUACCAUUGUAUGUGCCAGGAAAUGUCCGUCAGGUGUUUCUACCUGUGACUCCAGGAUUGGCUGCACAUGUUCAAGGUCGACCAAUGGUUGUAUCAAAAGGAUCAAAAUUUAUAAGAGUUCAUCAAGUAACGGUCCCAGCUGGACCACUUCACCUCCACCAAGUGCCGGUCGUGGUGCGCCAGAUGUGCGUCAAUAAGCAGUCAUCAACUGUUGGUGCUUCAGUAUCUGUACUGACCCAGCCAUCUGUCAAACAGGUUAAGCGUCCACCUGCAAAUACUUCUCCAGAAGCUUUAUCAGGAGGAUUGGCACAGGCUUCUGUUCUACACCAGUUAAGCAGUCAGCAGCAAACAUCUGUUUCUGAUGUAUCUUCCAGUGCUACUCAAAGCUUAUCUUUUCCAGAGUCGAGUCUGGAUAGUGUAGGCACUACUAUUGCAGACACUGUUAUAAAAACUGAACCUAAUGAUGAUACCUCAUCAGUUUCAGAAGGCCAUAUAAUGUGCGAAGGUAGUCAGAACAGCCUACUUGAGACAAUAACAUCUGCUGCUAAUGAUGCUACUGCUCUAACGUCUCCAGCAACUACGUCUUCUGGUGUCAUAGCUACCACUACAUCUUCAGGACCAGGUGUAAACAUUUCCAGUGUUAUUUCAGCACCUGAAGAUAAACUGUAUCAAAGCUCUGAACACAGCACAGUAAAUGUGAAAGUAGAACCUCCAGAUCUGUCUAAUAACAGUAAUGAAGAGCAGAAUGAAGAAAACCAGCUGUGCAACAAUCACGAAGAAAGAUCUGUGUUUCGACGAACAUAUGCAAUUGUAAUUAAUCCACCAAUCGAUGUGCAGAAUUCACGAGUAAAUAGGGCUAUGCAACGUUUGAAUAUUGGCUUUACCAGACAUUCCACAGUAACUUCUAGGAAUGGUAACCAACCAGAAGCACUGAACAAAGAUUUUGCAUCAAGCAGAAAACCUCUUAAGACGGAAGCUGAUAGUAUGCUUAAUUCUGAAUCUGAGAGUUCUGAAUAUCAUUCGGAUAAUGCUCUUGCAACACAACUUAAUCAUUUCUCAAAACACAGUGGCAGCUUGACAGAAAAUGGUGAAUCUGGACAUUCUGUGAACAGUGUGUUGAACUGUCCACUACCUUCAGCAUUGCCAGAUUCAACAUACCAUUUGAGGAAAUUGGGUAAAAGCAGAGAAAGCAGCCAGCCAGCUGGAGGAUUCCAGAGCUCUACUCAAAAUACAAUUUGCACAAGUCCAUUAGAUGUGUUUCCAACUGAAAGUGCAACUAGCAUUCUAGAAGACUGCCCACCAAGAACUAUAGAGGAGAAUGGUUGUAGUGACAGUUUAUCAUCUUCUGAACCAAGUUUAACACAUACACUACUUUGUCGCAGAAACUCUCAGAGCCCUCAGAAGGUAAGCUUACAAUCUGAAGUGGGAAGGAAAAUAAGUUCAUGUGAUAAGAAUGGACCAGCUGAUAUUGAGCUGAAUGCAGCAGUUGAACACAUUGUGUCUGAAAGUUCCAAAAGUGCAAAUGAUCAGACACAAGGAAAAGAAGUUGGUGCAUCAAGUGAAGCUCAGCUAGAUUACUGCAGCGGGCCGUAUUCAUCCAUUAAAAGCCAACUGGACUAUAUUUCUGAUGGACCUUAUAGCAUAUCAAAGAUUGAUGGCUGUGAUACCCCAUGGCGUUUUGUUCCGCUUAUAAGAAAGGUUAAAGUAGCUAUACAACCAGUAACAUUAAAAAAGGAUACAGAAGAAAGUGAACCACUUGUUAGGAAUAUCCAUCUUUCAACUAAUUUGCCAGAAGUGGAAGAUACAGCAAAUGAACAGCGUGACUAUCUAACAGAUUCCAAGCUGGCUACAGUUAAUAGGAAGGCAAAUGUGAGUUCGACUGUUCUUACAACUUUCCGGAAAAAUGAUAUUCCCAGUACACGAGUAGAUAAAAGUCAAGGGAGUGACAGGGUACAGCAGAAAAUAGCUAGAGUUGAGAGAGAGUUAAAACUUCAGAAAAGUCUGUCUGAAGAAUGUGAAGAUUUAGGUGUUGAUGAGCCAAGUACAAGUGAUCUAUUUCCUGAAGCAGAUCUGUUAUUGGAUACGAAUUCGUCACCACCCUUUGAUCAGACACUGCAGGAUACAGCUUGUGGUCAUUGUGUUGAUGGUACAGAAACUUACUCUAAUUCAGCUUUUAAACCCCUCGAAUACUCUUCCAGUAGUCAGGAUGAUUCCCAGAACAGUUGUAUUUCUUCUGAUAUUCAUGAAUCAAACAACAGAUUUCGGCAAGGAAAGAAACGUAAACGUAGUGUCAAUAUUCCUAAUUUUGAUUGGAAGUAUACAGAAAGAAAAACUUUUUGUCACGACAUUGUCAGUAAAAUAUGUCAGAGUUCCCGUGAAACAUCCAGCAUUUACCAUAGUGGAAAUACUAUAAUAAAAGGUACGGGCAGUGGAAUCGGAUCACGAUCGUUGGAGGAUACUAGUGGAGGUUUCAGAGACACUCUGUCAGAUAGUGCACCAAGUAGCAGAUUAAAACACUCUAGUCCAGGAGCAGAUGCUGUCUUGCCUGAUGUCAGCACCUGUAAUACAAAAGAAGUGACUGAUAAUUUAAUGAAGGAUGCAGUUUGUGGAAAGAAGUUAGAAGGAUCAUUGCAGCAAACCCAUCCAUCCAACAGUUGCAUGAAAAGUCAAACAGUUACCACUGUGAACAGUAAAGGAGAUAUGGUCGCAAGUGCCAGUGAUAGCACUUUUUGUAGCUCAAGUGAAGACAGUGUCACAAUGUUGGAUACGUUCUCAACAAGUAUGAUAGUAUCAUCUCUAGAUGUAACAAUUCCCUCUCCUCUCCCCACAUUGCCAUCUGUCAUACAGUCUAAUGAUAAUUCCCAGGAACCACUUCCAUCUGCAACGGGAACUCAGAAGUACUCGAAUACAUACAGUAAGAGGCCCUCGUGUGAACAGGGCAGUAGUAAGCUACUGAAGCGUGCUCGUCUAAACCAGUCUGAACAGUAUUAUAAUGAACAUAUAGAUUCUCAGGAACGAUGGGAAUCAUCUAGUUCACAAGAGAAAGUUUGCGCUGAUGAUGAAGAUUCAGGAUCUCGUAGCAGGUCAGAAGAACAACCAAAUUCUGAUGUUGAUGUUUUAGAUAUAAGCAAUGAUGCAUUUUCAUCAUCACCGAGAUUCCCUUCCUUAAAUAUUACAAAUAGCACAGGUUCAAGUUCACAGUGUAAUGAAUCUAUAAUCAAGACAUUUGAGUUGAAUGGGAUUGAUAGAAUUUCACUUUCAAGUGCUAGUAUACAAGAGAAGCGGAUAUCUGCAAGGAAACUUGCUGAUCAUAGUGAGUCAGAAUGUCAUUCUUUAGACAUCAAGAAUAGCAGAAAUGUGGAACACGAUCAUUUCUGUCAUAAACAAAGUGUAAUACAUAUAAAUUCUUCAAAGACGAGAGCUUCGCAGCGUGGUCAUCUGAAGAGAGGCUGUCCAUGCUGUUCACUUUCAUCUCGCUCAUCUAAGAAGAAGAUGGAAGAGAAACCAGGAAAGAAAGGACCUAUGGGAAAGCAAACAAUAAAAGGUUCCUUGCCAAAGAAGAGAUAGUUGAUUUUAAAAACUCAUGUAAAUAGUUGUAAAUUCUGUGAAGAUUUGUAUUUGUUUUCUCAUUGGGUGCGACAGUCACAGAUAGUGAACUGAAAAACUGCCACAGUGUUUGUAUAGAAUUGCUUUUGCAUAUCUUAUGUAAAUAAGUGAGAUAGAUCCUAAUACAUGUUCAUGAAGCAUGAAACACAAAGCCAUAUUCUUUUUAAACUUUUAUUGUUUGCAUUCCCAAUGUUCUGAGUCAGAUAUGCAGUAAUUAUUCAUCCUUAACCUCAGUUUAAGCUAGUCAAUUUUCCUGUUAAUCUGAGGUACUCAGUAUCACUUUCUGCACUGUUAGUACAAAUUUUUAUGGUUAACCAUGCUUAUUCAGUCUUUCAGCAAAGCAGUUGUGUGUUUUCUUGAAAUUGGUAUGUGAGAAACUGCUUGGAGAUGCAAAUAUUCAAUAUGUUAUUUUACAUUCUUUUAUUUUGCAUUUGAUAAAUAUGUUGUGAGCUAAAUUGAUGUUAGCUGUAAGUUUGUGUGUGUGUGUGUGUGUGUGUGUGUGUGUGUGACUCAUGUUAUAGAGUUGUGACAAUUUGUGGAUGUGAGAAGAUAUUAGUAUUUUUUUAUUAAAUUUGAUUUAAUGAGUAAUGGGGAAAGUCCUUGCAUUCCUGUAUAUUAAUCAUUAUAUAAUCGCCUGAUGUGUUGAAAUUUGUGGGGUCACUGUUAGAGAAAUGGAAACAGAAUUGAAGUAUGGUUAAAUGAUAUGUGUACAAUUACCUUACAAUAUUAGGUAUGGCUUGUAUCAGUAUUUUAUUUUAUUAAUUUAUUUCAUAUUUGAAAGAGAUUUAUGUAUUCAGACAUUGUAUAAAUGAAGCUUUAUUAAACAUCUCAGAUUUUCCCACGAAGAGAGAAAUCUCUUCACUGUAAUACAGUGUGUCACAUCAGUUAAAAGCUACACUUUUAAGAUGAUUUGUCUCUUUCUGACGGUGUACCUUAAGUUUAUGAAAAGAAUUCGUAAUUGAAAUGAAACAUUUCAAAAGUAGGAUCCAGCUGUAAUAAUUUUCAUACACACAUUAUGCUGAAAACGCACAGUUAAUUUCCAAGAGGAGGUGUGGUUUGAUAAUUUAAGUGAGGAAUUUGUGUUGUGUGUACUAUAGAAAAUACUUUUUAAAAGUUUCCCAAACAUAACAUUCAUCAAGUGCAUUGUUUAGUAUAAUAACGGGAUUGAAUUUUGUUAAACAUUGUCGCUCCAUAUAGAUUUACCUGAUUUUUUUACUGCGAUGCAAAAGGCAAAGUAUUUAUUAGUUGAGCAACUAUUAUUUAACAUGGAAUAUUUGUACAAAUUUGCCACCUCAUUCUUAUGUUGUCGUUUUUCUGUGUGCCUGUUAUGUACUAAGAGAUUAUUCUUCCCCUACAGAUAAACCUAAAGAUAAACAAAAAGUACAACUCUCUCUCUCUCUCUCUCUCUCUCUCUCUCUCUCUCUCUCUCUCUCUCUUUGUAAUGUGGUUGCUUUCUUUUUGUUUUUGUUGUGUGAUUGUCCAUCCCCUCAGCUGUCUUCUUACCUCUUUCUCCACUUAUUCUUCCCUCUGAAAGAAGAGAAUCAGUCCAAAACAGCCCUGUAAAUUAUUAAAUAUUACUUACACAGUUACAGUGGCAUUAUUAUUUCUAAAAUUAUUACUUGUGUUUUCAUUUGAGUUAAAUAUGAUUAACAAGUUUACUCGGUAAAUCUUGUAGAUUAUUAAUUGGAUUUUGUAAACAACCUAUUAAAUGCACUGGAAGAUUCUACAAGAGAACUACCAUAACCAUAAUUUGGAAGUAUUAUCCAUAGUAUUAGGCAAUCUUCAUAAUUAUAAAACUUGAAGUACAGCAAAUGAUUUCAGUUGCAAGUUACAUGUUGUAGAUUGACUUUAUUUCAUAUUAAAAAUUUAUUAUUAAUAUUGAUGUGCAUAGUGAAGUUAAUUUCCAUGCACUUAUAUAUAGUGCCAACGUUGUAGUAAAACAUGCUCAGAAGAAAGUACUUCUAGGUGUACUGUUUUAUUUUGCCUCGAAUCACGUAAAAAUAUGUCCAUAGUGACAAUGAAAAGAGACCUAGGCCUAUGAAGUGCUUACAGUUAACCUGCAGAAAAAGUUAGUAACAACGAGGUGUGUGUAAAAUCUGCUCAAGAAGAUAGGCUCUCUCUCUCUCUCUCUCUCUCUCUCUCUCUCUCUCUCUCUCUCUCUCUCUCUC